AUGAUAAACCUUGCAGAGUUGACCCCUUACAUCCUGUGUUCCAUCUGCAAAGGUUACUUUAUUGAUGCUACAACUAUUACAGAAUGUCUGCACACCUUUUGCAAAAGCUGCAUAGUGAGACACUUCUACUACAGCAACAGAUGUCCCAAAUGCAAUAUUGUUGUGCAUCAGACACAGCCCCUUUAUAAUAUCAGACUGGACCGGCAAUUGCAAGACAUAGUCUAUAAACUAGUUGUCAAUUUGGAGGAAAGAGAGAAAAAACAAAUGCAUGACUUCUAUAAAGAAAGAGGAUUAGAAGUGCCUAAACCAGCUGUCCCACAGCCAGUUCGAGUGAGCAGAGGAAGACCUCGAAAAGUUCUGGGCUCAGUGUUCCGGAUCCCCCCAGAACUUGACAUCUCCAUAGUUCUGGAGUUCAUUGGAGCUAACGAAGGCACAGGGAAUUUUAAGCCUUUGGAAAAGAAGUUUGUGCGUGUUUCAGGAGAGGCAACAAUUGGACAUGUAGAGAAAUUCCUCAGAAGAAAAAUGGAUCUGGAUCCUACUUGUCAGAUAGACAUAAUAUGUGGUGAUCACCUGCUUGAACACUACCAGACACUGAGGGAAAUUCGUCAAGCCAUAGGAGACAGUGCAGUACAGGAUGGUUUACUUGUACUGCACUAUGGCCUGGUGGUAUCUCCACUAAAUGUUACUUAA